AUGUAUAGGGAGGUCGUCCGCGGCAUCAUCGAGGAGGUCAAGCCCUCCUGCGUAGCGCUCGAGCAGCCGCCGGCAGACGCGGGUGCGGGCGACGCCUCCACCAGCGCCAGCGGCAGCAGUGGCGGCGGCAGCAGUACCCCCUCCUGGAUCCAGGCCUUCCUUGAGAGCUUCGACGCUAUCGUUUGCGAAGACAACCUGUCACCCGCCCUGCCCAGCCGCCGCCAAGUCACCGGUGGCGACGAGGCCGCGCUCCGGGACCUGCGGGCGCGCCUCGCCGCUGCGGGCGCGCCCGGCGCGCGCGUAGGGCGGGAUGUGCUGGACCCCGAUGAGCACUAUGGCUUCUACGCACAUAAUGAGCUGGCGCGGUUCCCUGAGAGGGUGACAGACGCGUGGCAGCUGCUCGGGGAGUGGGGUUACCUGCCUGGUGAGUGCCCCAACAAGGGCUGCAAGCCGCUGGAGUGA